UAACGAAUUCGUACACGUGGUCAACAUUCAUAGAUUCUUGCCGCCUGGAAUGACAAGGUGGACUGGACCGGUACUGUCGCCACAAUUUCUUUAAACGCAAAUCGGUUUAAUCACGACAUGUGAACCCUGAAAUUAGAAGGAUCUUGCGUAAACGGUCGAUAAAAAGUCAAGGAAUGCAUGGGGAGAUCUUAGAGUAUUCGACGGACGUAUGCUGCUAAGAUCAGGUAUCAGUAAGGCGCAGUAGCCACUGAAACGGCACCUUGUUGAAAUCGGUACCACUCGGUGAGUGAAGCUGGUUCACUUUGCAGAGUACUUUAUGUGAACGUAUAUUUAUCGGGGUAGUUCUUUCUUUUCCUUCGUGAGAAAUGCCGACCAAUCCCAAAUGCCAGCUCACUACGUUAUAAAAUAUUUCGCUCGAAUCAACAAAUCGGUCAUUAUAUAAUAUGAGAUUUUGAUUGAAAAUAGCAUGUGUUGGUGAUUUUCAGUGACCGCGGUUUCGUAAUUAUUAUCGCCGAUCGGUCAGCUGAGUCUUGGAUAUAAAUGAACUUGAUAGGGCCAAGUUGUGUAUUGGAUCUGCCUUAUUCAUGUUCAGAAAGUGUUUAAUUUUUAUCGUUCGAGACUGCUGCGCGUAACGUUAAAUUUUUCACAGCGAAAAUCCGCUACCCCAACGUAACCGCAAGUGCAACUGCAUCGGAAAGUAUAACAUCGAUCGCGUUUGUAUCGAAGAAACCAAAGCGAUGAGGAGGUGCGAAGCAGGUGCGAUAAUCGCCUUCGUUAUCUUGAUGCAAGGCCCCGUCGAGGGAAUGUCCUUCAACAUCCUGAGGGCCAUCUUAUCACCGCCGGUCCCUCGAAUUACUCGCGUCAGAAACGCGUCUCCUCGAGAGCUCAGGCUGAAGAAUUCCUUAGCGGUCUCUGACUUUCUGGGAUUGGUUAAGCAGUAUCAUUAUCCAGCCGAGGAGCACAACGUGACGACCAUAGAUGGCUACAAUCUAAGAUUCCACAGAAUUCCUGGUAGCGCACGUUCAUCUUUAGUCAAAAGGAAGCCCGUAGUUUUCGUCCAGCAUGGCAUCUCGGCGUCGUCUGACAGUUGGGUUUUAAUGGGCCCUGGAAGGGAUUUAGUAUUUUUACUCGCAGACGCUGGCUACGACGUGUGGGUCGGCAACUUUCGAGGCAACUCAUACUCAAGAUCUCACGUCGUUCUGAGUCCCGAAGAUCCGAAAUUUUGGCAAUUCAGUUUCCACGAAAUGGCGUACUACGAUCUUCCCGCCAUGAUAGACUACGCUCUCGAUCAUACCGGCCAAAAGAGUCUGAUCUACAUCGGACACUCCAUGGGCACGACCACCAGCUAUAUUCUGCUCUCGGAAAGACCGGAGUACAACAAUCGAUUGCGAUUGGUUGUCAGUUUCGCGCCAAUUGCUUACUGGAAGCACGCACGUACGGGAAUCCAAAAAUUGUUAGUGGAUAAUGGUGAUUUCAUCGAGCAAACGCUUCGUAACCAGGGAAUUCACGAACUAUAUCCGCAAAGCACUCUCAUCACACAACUGUUAAACUCACUGUGCAACGAAAAUGCUGCUACCCACAAAGUUUGCUUAAACGUAUACUUUAGGUUUUUUGGAUCAGAUCCCGAGCAGUUCAACACUACUCUCAUUCCGUACCUGGUGAGCUACUUUCCUGCCGGGAUGUCGCUCAAGACGCUGGCGCACUACUAUCAACACUUAUCUAGUGGUCAAUUUAGGCAGUACGAUUACGGCUACGUCGAGAAUUUCGGACGUUACCAGCAGGCCGAACCACCGGCUUACGACGUCUCCAAGAUAACAGCACCAGUUGCUCUCUUUUACGGCAGGAACGACCCCCUUUCCUACGAAGUGGACGUUAUGGAACUGAAGAAAAGGUUGACGAACGUUGUAGCUUCGGUCGCAAUAUCUUAUCCAGCGUUCAAUCACGUUGACUUCGUAUGGGCCACCGACGCCAAACGUCUUCUGUACGACGAUACCAUAGAAUUAAUUCACCAAUACAAAUAAAAUAGGUUUCCAUUUCACGCUGCGGAUUCCCGUGGUUUCAUCACAAGUUGGACCAUAUUCUUGUAUCCACAAUAAUUAUGUCAUGACUACAUAUAAGCUUUCUGCAUCGGUUCGAAUAGGUCGCCAUUUUAAUUUUAAUUUUUCAUUCGUUUAACCUGGGAAGCUUCCACUUUUCUUUAAGAGAUAAAAUAUUUGUAAAUUAUUAAAUAUUUUUGAAAACCAA